AUCUUGUCGAUUUCUAGCAUUGAAAGCCUAUAUAAUUGUCUCUUGGUGAAUAAAAACUUAUGUGAGAUUGUUAUACCAAUACUUUGGGAAGCACCUUUUGAAUAUCUAUAUGAUAAACUUUUACCAGAUUGGAGAAAAGUAUCAGCACUUACUCAAGUUUACAUUUCUUGUUUAUCUAAUGGAACCAAAUCCAACUUGGAGAAAUCAGGAAUAAAUAAAAAAUUAACAAUAAUUCCACCUCCAACAUUCAACUACGUUUUAUUCUUAAAAAGCCUUGAUUACAGAUUAAUUUUUGAUAGCGUUGUGGUUUGGUUAAAUGAAUCUGAUAAAACUGCACAACGUUCAACUAAUCAACAUUAUUUAAUUGUAAAUGAAUUAUUUAAAUUAUUUUUUAAAAAUAUUAAAUACCUUGAAUCAUUCAUAUGUAAAUUUCGACCAAAUUUGAUAAAUCACAAGUUAUUCCCUAAUUAUAUAACUUUAUCAAAUCUUCCUGGUGCUCAAAACCAUUUUUCAUCUUUAAACCGGUUUAUAAUAAGAGACAUUAUUCCAACAGAAUGGUGUAAUGAUAUUAUUCAAAAAGCUCGAAAAAUUAAAGAGAUUGAGGUUGAUUUAUCUGAAUGUUAUGAAGAUGAUGAAAUGAUUGCAAAAUUAAUACUUGGUCAACCUAAUUUAUCCAAGAUAUCCAUUUCAUCUAGACAAAAACUUCCUUAUAUUUCUGAUGCUUUAAAACAUAUAGCAAAAUCCUUAAAUACUAUUCAUAUCUUUCCCACUAUUUCGGUAAAUCUUAAAGGAUUAUCUGAAUGUUCAAAUCUUGUUGAAUUAAAAUUAUCAUCUGAAGAAUUUAUUUCAAAAGCCAUAUUUGAAUGUUUCGUUUAUUCUAAGUUUUCUCAACUUAGGAAAUUACAUCUUAAUUUCAACAAUUUAUAUUUGGAUCAAAUAUCAACAUUAAUUGGAAACACUCGCUCAUUACAAGAGAUUUAUUUAAAAUUUGAUUUUAUUCAAGGUUUAAAACAUUCUGCAGAUUUUAUCAAUGCUAUCGCUGAUAAUUGUCCAAAUCUUAUUAAUCUUCAAGCAUUAAUUCCGGAUGAUGAAAUUUCUCGACUUCCAAAUCUUUUUGAAUCUUGUAAAAAACUUGAAAAUGUAGUAUGUCUUGAUGGGAAUUGUAAAUAUAUGAAUUUAAUUGAUAUUAGCGAAACUUUAUUAGAAAUGGGAAAUGCUUUACAACCGAAUUUGCGUAGAUUUACUACAAGAUCUUGUUGGACAUUUUCAUCUGAAGCGUUGAAUUCAUUCCUCGAAAAUUAUGAAAAGAAACGAUGUAACAAAUACCAAAAAUUGGAAUUGAAAAUUGAAACUAAUAAUAAUGAUGAUCGAAUUCCAAUUAUUGAAAAUGGGCUUGAAGAUUCGUGGUCAUCGGAACACGACUGGGUUAUCUUGUCAUGUGAAGACGAA